AUGGUAUCAUGGUAUUAUUUAACUCAAAUAUUCGUGCUCUAUAUUGGUUCUGCAACACUGAGUCUCGGUUUAUUUGGUUCUAUGAUAAAUUCAAUCAUAUUUUUAACUAAUCCUAUGUAUCGAUCUCAACCAAGCACAUUCUUUCUGCUUAUCUCAGCAAUUACUCGAUUUAUACAUCUUUUUACUAUAGGAUUGUCGCGUGGCCUUGGUGUUGUCUUCCACAUAGACGUAACAUGCGCUUCACUUCUAUGGUGUAAAACGAGAUAUUAUGUAGUUAAUAGUGGUUUUGGCAUUGCAGUGACAUGUGAAUGUUUGGCAGCAAUUGAUCCAUUUUUAGUUACAUCCAGGUCUGCUAAAUUACGACGCUUGAGUAGUAUUAGAUGGAGUCAUCGUAUUGGUAUUGGUGUAGUAACUUUCUGGUUACUUCAAAAUAUACCAUACUUCAUUUUUGCUGAUAUAAGUUCGAGCAUUUGUUCUAUUCACAAUGAUUUUUGGGAUGCUUAUUCUGUUUAUGUAAAUAAUUGGCUUUUCUUUGCAAUAGCUCCAAUGAGUAUUUGUGUUCUAUUCGGUAUUCUUACAUAUCGAAAUAUACGUACUUUAAAAGCUAGACGUCAACUUCAAAGAAUCGAUUAUCAAGCUAAUUAUAUGGUUUUUGGACAAAUUGUUGCAACUAUUGUUCCUAUUAUACCCGGUACAUUUUACUUUGUAUAUUCAUCAUCAGCAAUAUCCUUAGACGAGGCAGCAGAAAAAAAUAGUGAUUAUUUUAUUUUUAAUGCUCUCAAUACUUUCACUGCUUUCUUUUAUGGUGUAAGUAAGAUAAUAAAUAUUUUUCAUCAUUUUAAUAAUUAG